AUGGCGGCGACGUCCAUCACGGAGGACAUGGGUGAGGAGGACAUGUACCUGGAGAUUUUUGGCAGCGAGUUCGCGAUCGAUGUGGACGACCUGGACCAGACGGAGGAGGAGGUGAAGGAGAAUGUGCGAAUGAACAAAAGCAUAAUCGAAACGUGCAAAAAUCAACCUUGGCCCAUGAAUAAAAAGUACAAGAUGCUCAGACGUGCCAAGGCUUACGUCAAGAAGCACGAAGGUGAACUCGCUCAAAGUAAGCAGGCCAGAGAUGUACUUGCAAAGUACACGAUACUUCUGAACAACUCAUGGCAUCGGCUGCAACGCGAGGUGGCUGAACUAGUUGUGACGUUGACACCAUGGGAAAUGCGCAUCAAGAGAAUCGAAAGUCAUUUCGGUAGUGUCGUGGCUUCCUACUUCAUUUUUCUGCGCUGGGUCUUCUGGUUGAACAUCUUCAUCGCUGUUUUCGUUUCCUGUUUUCUGAUGAUUCCAGAGGUUUUACGUGGCGAUGACGACCCAAGCGGAAUGAGAAAACAACUCGAAAGUGAGGAAAUGAAAAGUGCACUAAACCUGCAAGCUAUAUGGGAGUUUGAGGGUUAUUUAAAGUAUUCACCAAUUUUUUACGGAUAUUACAGCAACAGAGAGAUGACAGAGGAAGGAUACCGACUUCCACUCGCUUACUUACUCUCUUCGCUAACUAUGUACAUAUUCAGCUUCUUCGUGAUACUUCGCAAAAUGGCGGAGAACUCUCGUCAAAGCAAAAUGACGGAAAAAGAGGACGAGUGCACCUUCACAUGGAAACUCUUCUCGGGCUGGGACUUCAUGAUUGGAAACUCCGAGACAGCGCACAAUAAAGUAGCAUCUCUCGUAAUGAGUUUCAAGGAAGCAAUCCUUGAAGAGAAGGAACGAAAAAAGGAAGAGAGGAGUUGGAAAAUCAUGUUUCUCAGGGCCCUGGCAAAUUUAAUAGUUCUAAUACUGCUUGCAUCAAGUGCAUACGCUGUUGUUCUCGUAGUUGAACGGUCACAAGAACCGGAAGCUGAAAAGACUUGGUACCGUCAAAAUGAGGUGACCUUGGUGGUGUCAAUGAUAUCCAUUGUUUACCCUAAUCUCUUUGAUCUCAUUGGUUUGAUGGAGCAGUAUCACCCACGUAUACAACUUCGAUGGCAAUUAGCAAGAAUAUUGAUAUUAUAUUUGCUAAAUUUAUAUACUCUAAUUUUCGCUUUGUUUGGGAAAGUCAUGAGUAUGACCAGUGCCCUUGUCGGUAUAAAAGAGAACAUCACCUACUUGUUAGACAUGGGUCUUUUGGAACCAUCGAUACUGAACACCACAAUACUCGACAGCAACGCCACUACUUUUGUUCCGUCCACUAUUUCGGAGGACUCGAUUUUCUCUACCACGACAAUGGAGCCUUUCAUCGCAUCGCUGGCUGAAGCUCUGGUUGGACAAUCUUUCGCGCAGGGGGCAUCUGGACCUUUUUUUACGCCGAACGGCAACUGUACUAUUGUUCCGGUGAACUGCACGCUUCUUUUCCAACUGGGCGUGAAUCUUACCCGAGCAGGGAUUCUGCCAUUUCUGCAGUCUGAGAGCCUGGUCGUCACGAACGGCACCUACCUGGAUGAGAUGACCACCACGCUUCUCUCAUUAAUAAACGAAACAGCGCCAACAACAGUUCAAACUGAAGAGCCCACGACCACUCAGGUGCCGCCUACAAGGCUAUUCGAAGGUUACGAUGCCAUCUUGCUACGAAUAACUAAUUUCACGGUGAUAGGUGUGGCAAACUGGACAUAUCGGUUCCCUUCGAGUCCCGAUGGUAACAUUUCAAUGCCAGUCAUUUACGUAGACAACUACUCGAAGACUGUGAACGUAACAGACGAAGAACUAAGUUCCAUGCCAGAAAAAUGGCCACCGUUGUGGAAGGGCACAGUGGGCACCCCGCGGGACCCGAACGACACCACCGUGCCCACAUUGACCGAGUUCGCUACGACUUUAGACCCCAACAAUUGCACUGUGGUGUACGUGUCCGUGUGCAAUGGUGCCACCGACGGGCCUUUCGAUAUUCCAUCGUGGACGUCGUCCGAGACCACACGGACAACGUCGACCACCACUGAGCCCAGUACGCGGAAACCUGGCAGCCCUCUUAGGCCUGAGGACCUACUCAAGGUGGACGAGCAGACGAAAGAAAAACUCAGGAAACUCUGUUGGGAGACGAUGUUCGGCCAGGAGAUUGUCAAGAUCACUGUGAUGGAUCUUGUAAUGACUAUAGCAUCAACCCUUAUUACCGAUUUCAUAAGGGCUCUCAUUGUACGUUAUGCCAAUGACUGCUGGUGCUGGGACCUCGAACAAGGGUUUCCUGGAUAUGGAGACUUCAAGAUUGCCGAAAACAUACUACACUUAGUCAAUAAUCAAGGCAUGGUGUGGAUGGGGAUGUUUUUUUCCCCGGGGCUCCCGGCCGUCAACACAGUCAAGCUGUGCAUUAUGAUGUACCUGCGCUCCUGGGCUGUUUUGACAUGCAACAUUCCCCACGAGACUGUGUUCAAGGCAUCUGGCUCGAACAAUUUCUACUUCAUGCUUUUACUCAUCAUGCUGUUCGUCUGUACUCUGCCGGUUGGCUACGCAAUGGUAUGGCUGGAACCAUCUUGGCACUGCGGGCCUUUCAGUGGUUACUUCCGGGCUUACAGGGUGUUCACCGGUUAUUUAGACAACACGUUACCGACUUGGAUGAACAAGAUUAUCGAGUAUUUGACGUCGCCUGGUGUGGUGAUACCUCUCAUCCUUUUGUUGAUACUCAUCAUAUACUACUUAGUGGCCCUCACUGGAUCACUCAGAGAAUCGAACAAUGACCUGAAACUGCAAUUAAGGCGGGAGAAGGACACGGAAACAAAACCGGAGAAGAAAGAAAAAGAGGAAACUGCAGCAGCACCGGCUCCGACCACAACAGUCACGGUCACAGAGACGGUCCUGCCGGAAUCAGAAGUUGUGGUACCGAAGGUUGAGUCGAAUAUCGAGCGAACAGCCGAGAUACUGAACAAGUGGAACACGGCUCGCCGCAUGACGUCCACUUUCCCCGCCAAGCUGAAGGCAGCUGCUUUGCUCUCAGCGGCCGCCGAUCGCGAACGCGGUUCAGACAGUCCCACCAAGAAGCCGAGCAGUUCGGACACUCCAUCCAGCGAGGCACGUGGCCGAAAGGUGCAGUACAACCUGCAGAAUUCCGACGAAGAGCCGCUAGUGGACGGGCACGGCUUGGGUGCACCAUCUGGAAACCGGACUCCCCAAGCAGAACGGAAGAAACAGACCUCCCCAAGAACGCCAAAGCCUCUCUUGAAGUCCGUCGAGAAACUACGCCAUGGAGACUCGCAGGACUCCAAGAAGAGAAAAGAGACCGGAGAGAAGGACGAAGAAGGUGAGGGAGGUCGCAGCGUCGCUGAAGGCGCCGACUUGGAUGACCGGUGCCCUCGUGAGACGCUGCCUCUGCUGGACGUGUCUCUGCCGUAUCCAGUGGUGCCCCGGCCGGCACUCGUUCGCGAGCUGAGCCGGCAGUACGCUGAGCCGCAUGUGCCGCGGGUGAACGUCUGUCCCCCGACGCCCCUGCACACAGACCACGAGGAGCGGAAGGCGCAUCUUGAACGCGAGGACACAGAUUCGUUGUGACGCAAGUCCGGCUACUCCUCACGAGCCAUACAUGUGAAGCCAACAUGUGUGUUUGUAAUAACUGUAUUUUACGUAUUUAUUCAUCUGCCUGGUAACUUCCAGCCAUUUUUCCGGACGAUACGUAUGCCUUCAAGAGAACAACACUGCUUUUGAAUUAUUGUGUAUACGCUAAUAAAAAAGGACACAUUGCUGCUUG